UUCACUGUUACUGUCUUCGUUUCCAAAAGAAAAACGCAAUUGUUCCUAGGAGAUGGUUUCAUACAAUAAGCUUUCCGCUUGUUGUAUAUCUCACGAGUUCUAUAAAGUUGCUACAACCAACCCCAACAAAAUUGCAGUGAUUCAAGCUUUUGGGGGUCUCAAAAUCGCCAAAGAAUUUCAACUCCUUUGCACGGAAAACGGCGACGGAGAAACCCGCGAGACGUUUGAAGAGUUUGUUUCUUCCAAGAUGACGUCGGUUAAUCCCCCGGUAUACGAAGGUGAUGAGUGCUUCACGUAUUCCGAUGUUCUGUCUGCCGUUGAUUCUCUUAGUUCACGGCUCCGUUGCAUUCUUGACGGUGAUGAUGACCCCAAUCUUGUGAAACCCUAUUCAGGAAGUUACAAUUGGAAACUAAUGGGUCUUCAAGCUGAACUUGAGCUUUAAUGGCGGAUCACCUGAGAGAAUAAGAAGUAAGGUAAGAGAGAGAAGAGAAGAACGAAGAGAGAGAGAGGAAGAGUUGAGAAAUGAAUUACCAGAAUUUGCAUAACUGUAUCUUCCCAGCUCCUUGGAAUAUAAGGCCCAAUCUGUAACAACCCACUAACUAACUAAUAGCCCACUAACCGACUCAGUUGAGGAUUGAUCUGGGCCUUUAUUGAUUAAGCUAACUUCUAAUCUCAGCCGUCUAAUACAACUAACCUACUAAAACACGUGUGCUCAAUAAGGGUGAUAAGCUGCCACGCCGCCUUUCCCAUUUCAGUCUCUUUAUUGUAUCGACCAGCUCACUUUCCAAAUCCAAACCCUAAUUCGAUCAAUUUUCCAAUUUAGAGGCUCCCUUCUACAGACAUAACAAUACCCCCGUUCAAAUCGACCUCGUCCUCAAGGCCGGAGUUGAGCUACAAAUUCAGGAAACCACCCCUUGAUGUACCCCCAAUCUUCCCAGGUUGCUUCAUCAGCUCCAAAAUUCGACCAUUAGACGAGAACCUUGACUGCUGCUGCAUUAUUCACUUUGACAAUGCGUCGCUGGAGGAUAGCCACUGGUUCAACCAUCAAACGGCCAUCUUGGCCACAGAUUGGAGGUUGUAGCUGAGUCACCACACUUGGACCUACAUGCUUUUUCAGCUGGGACACAUGGAAAACUGGGUGAAUCUGAGAGCCUGUUGGUAGAGCUAAUCGUUAAUAUGCAUCAUACUGCAAAUAACUGCAGUUCUAAGGACUAGUCAAUCUUGGGGUCUUCUGAUCAAGGUUUAGAGCAGUAUAAACAGCUCCAUAAAACAUAUUGCCCUAGAAUAGUUGGAAUAUAUAUGGAACCUUCAGUUGAGUACAUUGUUGCUGUUCUAUCUGUUUUGAGGUGCGGAGAAGCAUUUCUGCCUUUAGAUCCAUCUUGGCCAAAAGAAAGGGUACUAUUGGUAAUAUCUUCUUCAAAAGCUAGUCUUAUUGUCGGCUAUGGAUCUUCUGUUGGCGGAACUUGUCAUCAGCUUGGCAAAUUACAGUGGCUCAUUGAUAAAGGCAGUUAUCCUGUCUUUUAUAUGUCAAUGGGGGAUUUCAUCCCAAAAAAAUCUAAUUCGUUGUUAGGCUGGCCUUGUGAAAGUGAAAGGUUGAGAUCGUUCUGUUACUUGAUGUACACAUCUGGAUCGACUGGAAAACCUAAGGGUGUAUGUGGCACUGAAAUAGGUCUUCUGAGUCGCUUUUUGUGGAUGCAAGAAUCAUAUUCCUUUCAAAAAGAAGAAAUCCUUCUUUUCAAAACAUCAAUAAGCUUCAUUGACCAUUUGCAAGAAUUUUUAGGGGCUAUACUUGCUAAUUGUACGUUGGUCAUACCUCCUUUCAAUCAGCUGAAGGACAAUAUAUUUUGUGUAGUCAAUCUUUUACAGGAAUAUUCUAUUAGCAGGCUCGUGGCUGUUCCAUCUCUUAUAAGGGCGUUUCUUCCGGCUCUGCAGAGCAUAUAUUAUUCUACAGUUCAGAUUCCAUUAAAACUUCUAGUACUAAGUGGUGAAGUUUUUGAUAUAUCGCUGUGGAAGAUGCUUGUCAAGUUGCUGCCCCAGACUUCUAUUCUUAAUAUAUAUGGAAGUACAGAGGUUUCUGGUGACUGCACAUAUUUUGACUGCAAGUGGUUGCCCCCAAUGUUGAAGCAAGAUGCACCGGGUAGUGUUCCAAUAGGCAUUCCCAUUGGAAAUUGUGAUGUAGUUCUUGUUGGGGAAAAUUCUCCUGAUGAGGGAGAGAUAUGUGUCAGUGGAAGUUGUGUUGCUGCUGGAUACUUUUGUCAUCCUUCUAUUUUUCCAUUGGAUAACGUGGAACUACAUCAAGAAGUAGCUGACGCUGAGAACGAUAAAAAUGAAGUGAACUGUUACUUUAGAACUGGAGAUUUUGGCAGAAAACUUUCAAAUGGCAACCUGGUGUGUAUCGGGAGAAAGGACCGCACUGUAAAGAUCAGUGGGCACCGUAUUGCUUUAGAGGAGGUUGAAAGCGUUUUGAAGGAACACCAAGACGUAGCUGAUGCUGCUGUAGUUUCUCGUUGUGUUCAAGCAGAUAUUUUACUUCUUGAAGCAUAUUUGCUGCUCAAACAAAAGGAAAGCAACCUUGAGUUCUUCAGGUCCUCAAUUAGAUGGUGGAUAGCCAACAAACUUCCCCCGAUAAUGGUUCCUGCUCGUUUCUACUUUGUUGAAUCUUUUCCUAUGUCUUCCUCAGGGAAAGUGGAUUAUAAGAAUUUGGCCACUUUAGCAGCUUCUGAGGCAGGUAGCCGUAUUGAGAUUGAAAAAACUCAAGAUAUCGAUCUCAUUAAUGUUAUACAGAAGGCUUUUUCUGAUGCUCUGAUGGUUGUUGACAAGAUCUCCCUUGAUGAUGACUUCUUUGAGAUGGGUGGCAAUUCUCUAUCAGCAGCUUAUGUCUCCUAUAAUCUAGGAAUUAAUAUGAAGGACUUGUAUACUUUUCCAACUCCUUUGAAACUUCAGAAGGCCAUUCUACAUAAAAAAGUAUCCUCUAGCCGUGAACUUAGAGCUGAUGCUUUAGUUGGAGUGAACUCGCAAGUUCAAGAAAAAAGCAAGCUUCCUUCGCAAGUUCAAGAAAAAAGCAAUCUUCCUUCCAAUAAAUCUUGGAUGCCCGAUCUUGAUAGCAGUACCUCUUUGAGUUUGACAAGUGAUUACCCCAUUAAACGUUUGAAAACAGAUUCAGAUUUGUAUAUUGAUCCCUACGAUGUUAAUGGAAGAGAUAUGAAUAAUUCAACUAUGACACAGGUUUCAUGUUCCUACAGCCGGUGCAACAAAGUAAGGCAUGACGCCAGAUGUGAGGGUUACCAUUGCCGAUCUGUGUUGUCUUGGGAAGUUCCACGUGAUAAAAGAGGUCUCAUGCGAGAACAGUGGAUGGUCUACAUGGAGUCUUGUGUUGAUGCAUCACCACUAGUUGUAUUUAAAGAAAGAAGUGCUUAUCUGUUUGUCGGAGCUCACUCCCACAAAUUCUUUUGCAUUGAUGCAACAAGUGGUCUUGUUUUGUGGGAGAUCAAAUUACAAGGACGUGUUGAGAGUUCAGCAGCAAUUCUACAUGACUUUUCUCAGGUUGUUAUUGGAUGUUAUGAUGGAAAUAUUUAUUUUCUGAAUUUUUCAAAUGGCAUCCCUUGUUGGAAUUUUCAAACGGAUGGAGAGGUAAAAUCGCAGCCAGUCGUUGACAAAGAGAGGCACUUGGUCUGGUGUGGAUCGCACGACCAUAAUCUGUAUGCCCUUGAUUAUGAAAAUCACUGUUGUAUUUACAAAAUCCGAUGUGGUGGUAGCAUAUUUGGUGCACCUGCACUUGAUGAGGUGCAUGAAAAGCUCUAUGUGGCAUCCACUAGUGGCAGAGUAACAGCUCUAUUUGUCAGGGCUCUUCCAUUUGAUCAAAUAUGGGUACAAGAGUUGGGAGUUCCUAUUUUUGGGUCACUUUCAAUCAACCCUUCAUCUGGAAAUGUUAUAUGUUGCAUGGUGGAUGGAAGUGUUGUUUCGCUGGGCACUGAGGGAUGUGUCAUCUGGAAGGUAGAACAACAUUAAUAUCCUUGAACUCCACAUGUUCCCUCCCUUUACUUGGAUAUAAGGAGGGUCGUUUUUUUGGUGGUGAAACUGAACUUGUUAAAAGCUGCACUAAAUAGGCAACUCCAAAUAGAAGAACCAGUUUUCCGCAGGACUUAAACAGAACUGGACGAAUAUUCACAUGUUGAUUUACCUAAAACAGAGCAUAUUUGUGUAUUUUCUGUUAGAAUACAGAAUUCUGCAUAAUAAUGUGGAUUUCACGAAAAUCUUCUGUACCUUGUAGAUUAACCAAAAGAAAACUCUCGUUUGUAGUACGAAUUUAAGCUAGUACCAAAUUUAAGUUUUCCUUGGCCAAAUAUUGUACCAACACUUUGUGAACUCUUUUAGCUUCUUGGAGCCAUCCGUUUAUUUGUUCUGUAUC